GAGAUGUGAGCAAACACUAAUUGAAAUUAUAUUUUUGAAUAAUUAAGACGUACGGCUGAGAAUUCGUCUACGCGAUCAAACGGUUGAAAAUCAUUCUUAGUGUAUUCUUUAUUGCUCCCCUAUUUAUCUGAAGGACGAAGAAGUCCUCACGCAGAACAUAACAUAUCAUAACGCAGAAAGAAAACGUUAGGAGAAAAGAAGAAGAUGUCGUGGCAAACUUACGUUGAUGAACAUUUGAUGUGUGAUGUCGGAGAUGGUCAGGGUCAUCACCUAGCCGCAGCCGCAAUCUUCGGUCAUGACGGUAGUGUUUGGGCUCAGAGCGCCAACUUCCCUCAGUUCAAAGGACAAGAGUUCGCCAGUAUAAUGAAAGAUUUCGAUGAACCGGGCCACUUAGCACCCACAGGGUUAUUCCUAGCAGGAGCCAAAUACAUGGUGAUCCAAGGCGAGCCUGGCGCUGUAAUCCGUGGCAAGAAGGGAGCAGGAGGCAUAACCAUAAAGAAAACAGGACAGUCAUGUGUGUUUGGGAUCUACGAAGAGCCUGUGACACCAGGACAGUGCAACAUGGUCGUCGAGAGGUUGGGUGAUUACCUCAUCGAACAGGAUCUCUAGAUCCUCAAUAUCCUCAAAACCUAUUAGAAUGUUCCACCUUCCACAUUUUUUAUUUAUAAACUUAUAUUUGGUAUUGGGUUUGUGAAGCCUGAUUGAGAGACUGGUUUUUAUGAGAAUUUUUUUUUGUUUUCUUUGGUUUGCCUCAUGUUUUGUCAACCAUGUUUAAUUAAUUUGACACUUUUGGUUAUAAAAACAUAAUAUGUCUUAUGAUAACUAAAUAUAACUA